AUGUCGACGCAGCAGCAAGCCAUAAUCAUGGACACCAUUGUGUCCAUAAGGAAGACACUGAAAAGGAAAGCUUAUGGUAAGCUUAACUCGCCCUUCCCCGACAUCAUGGCCCUUCUCUUGUUCGCGUUUCCCAUGACUAACCAUGGCCACCAUCCACCCUCGACAGAAUCCGACUCCGACUCGUCAAUCGACCACAACACGAACCGAGGCUACAAGCUCAAGAAACGCGCACGAUUUGUCAAGCAAGGCCGUCUUGCCAACUCGAAUGGACCAGCAGCCUACAAGGAGGUCGUUGAACAUGCGGGCUAUCAGCGCGCCGUCAUCAACCAGAACCUGCCCCUCAUCGACGAGGACGGCUACGAUAUCGACAGUGACGAUAACGAAGAGCGCGUCCAGGAAGCAAUCAGCGCUACCAUGGACGAGAACCCAUACGCAUCGAUCCGGUUAGAACAACUACUCGCACCCCUUACAUCCGUCACCGACCUACCGAAUCACCCGACCCUGUCGCGACCAUUCAAAUCGAAAGCCCUGACCGAACUCGUCAACCAGGCCAACGCCAUUAGCCGAAGAGAGAAUGUUGCCUUGUGGAAGGUCAAACCGUUGCUUACCAAAUUCGUCGGCGACAACUCGUGGGCCCCGUGCGGCAUGAUGAUUGAACCGACCGACCACGAUCUCUUUGAGGAUACCUCGAGCUUCAUCAAAUGGGUCAGCAAUUGGAUCCCGAAUGCUGCUGAUGCCGUGUCAGCUGGAAAUAAUACCAAGGCGAUCGAGAACGGACCUGUCAACGACGACAACCACGAGGCAUCGGCCUCGGAGCCUAAGGAGGCUGCCCAGACAAAUGGCGACAGUGGGGAUAAACCCGUUCCAGAUUCAGUUGCCGACGAUGAUCACCUCCCUGAUGCUGACGCACACCCAGACGAGAAGGAGGGAACCGAGGAGGACAGCGCGCCAAAGGUCAAUGGCGAGAAGACGACAGACGAAGAUGUUGAGAUGACCGAAUCUACAGAACCAGCCGAGUCAGCACCCACUGACACCAAGACGGAGGCCCCGCAACCCAACGGCGAGACAAGCAAGGAGCCUGAGCAAGCGCAAACAGAGACAGUAACAACGGAGAUAACCACGCAAAGCGCAGACGAAACUACGAAUGUAGAUCAACCGGCACCGGCACCGGCACCAGUAGAUGGACCGACAGAGCCAGCAACAACAGUAUCUGAAGACAUGGAAAUGGCAAACGCGCCCAACGGUGAAGCUAUCAAGGAGGCGGCGGAACAUCAACCAGCAAUCUCAGGUGCCGAGCCUGAGAAGAACCCAGAGCAAAUGGAGCACAACCACGAGCAACAACAACCACACCAAGAAGCUCAAGAGGAGCAACACGUUCAUGGUGCAGAGGACUUGCGAGCCAAGCCUAAUGCUCAACGCAAUGCUGCCCUCAGCGCCGUGGCGUCAGUAGCGGCACUCCAGGAAUUUCUCGACGCACCAUAUAUUCACCCCAUCUUCCUCGCCCCACGAACCUCGCAUCCCGACCGCGAUUUCGGUCUCCCCGAGCAAGAAGCCGAAGACGUCCGCCGGUUGCUCCAGCUGUACGUGCAAAAGCAGGAAGAAGUCUGCCGCGGCACCCGCAAGCUGUACGAGGGUCUGCGCAAAGCAGACCGGUACCGACAAACGGUGCUCUCGUGGGCCAAGGCCGAAGCGCACAGCGGAGCCAACCGCGACAUGUCGGACGGCGAAGACUGGUACGACAAGGAGGAGUGGGGUUUAACGGAAGAACUCAAGAAGGGAGAGGAUGAGGUGGAGGAGGAGACGGCGGUGACGCAGAAGAAGACGAGGAACAGGAAGCGGUCCUGA